AUGUUUGGAGUUAGCCGUGGCGCAUUUCCUAGCGCAACAACACAGCCAUUUGGUUCAACAGGAUCAUCCUUUGGUACACAACAGCAGCAACAACCAGUAGCAAAUAGUUCUACUUUUGCUCUUGGCCAGCAAGCAAAUACAACUCAGGCCCCUGCAUUCGGUAACUUUGGCAAUCAGACUUCCAAGUCUCCCUUCGGAAUGUCUGGAUCCACAGCUGCCAACGGUACCCCAUUUGGUCAAGCUCAAUUGGGUUCGAACAACAACGCCUCUGGCUCGAUUUUUGGUGGCAUGGGCAAUAACACGUCACUUUCCGCUAGUUCCACAUCUGUUGCGCCCAACUCUACAGCAGGCACGAGCAUCAAACCCUUUACUACCUUCGAGGAGAAGGACCCAACUACAGGCGUUACCAACGUUUUCCAAAGUAUUACCUGCAUGCCCGAAUACAGGAAUUUUUCUUUUGAAGAAUUGAGGUUUCAAGACUAUCAAGCAGGAAGAAAAUUCGGAACGGGUCAAAAUGGCGCUGGUACUACCUUUAGCAAUCCGCAAGGCACUACUAACGCGGGAUUUGGAAUGAUGGGGAACAAUAACUCCAAUACAUCUGCUACAACAGGGGGAUUAUUUGGUCAGAAGCCAGCAGCAGGCAUGUUUGGAGGAGGAUCGGGAGGAGGAUUUGGCCCUGGAGCAUCUAACACCACAGGUUUGUUUGGAAGUUCAACCAAUCUUUCAGGAAACUCGGCAUUUGGGGCGAAUAAACCUGCUGCUCCCGGAGGAUUAUUUGGUAACACAACAAAUUCAACCAACAACACCAACAGCACUGGCCUUUUCGGACAACAAAACUCGAACACAAACGCGAACUUGUUUGGCCAGCAACCAAAUUCAUUCGGGGCGAAUAAUAUGACUGGUGGAGGCGCCUUUGGCCAAGUGAAUCGCGGUGCCUUCUCUCAACAACAGCCACAGCAAAGCACCGGUGGUAUAUUUGGUCAAGCAAACGCUAAUGCGAAUGGUGGUGCCUUUGGCCAACAGCAGAACACUGGCGGCCUUUUUGGGGCCAAACCAGCUUCUGGUGGGCUGUUUGGCCAGACUAGUGGCACGAAUGCAUUUGGAAUGAAUAAUAACACGAGUGGCGUCACCUCUACUGGCUUAUUCGGGCAAAAUAACCAGCAACAAAGUGGAGCAGGAUUACUUGGACAACAGCAAAGUUCUACCGCUGGAGGGCUAUUCGGUCAGAAUAACCAAAAUCAGAACCAGUCAGGGUUAUUUGGGCAACAAAACUCAUCUAGUACAUUCGGUCAGUCACAGCAACAAGGUGGGUUAUUUGGAAGCAAACCUACGGGUGGUCUUUUUGGACAACAACAGGGAGCAUCCACUUUUGGGUCUCAAGGUAAUUCUUUGUUUGGGCAAAGUAAUCAACCACAGCAAUCAACAGGGGGAUUAUUUGGACAAUCCAACAACCAGUCACAACCUCAAACUGGUGGGUUGUUUGGUCAGUCCAAUCAAACGAAUAACCAACCAUUUGGCCAAAACGGAUUACAACAACCACAACAAAAUACCAAUCUUUUCGGAGCGAAACCCGGUGGUUUGGGCAAUACAGGUUUAUUUUCUAACAGUGCAACAAAUCCAAAUAACGGUAUAACUGGGAACAAUCUGCAACAGCAAUCUGGGGGGUUGUUUCAAAAUAAACAGCAACCAGCUUCGGGAAGCCUGUUUGGCCCAAAACCUGGAAAUUCUGUUGCAGGCGGGUUAUUUGGUAACAAUCAAGCUGCCAACCAAAACAAUACUACAUCAACUACUGGUGGUUUGUUUGGAAAUAAGCCCACUACGGGAUCUCUUUUUGGGGGUGCCAAUGGUACAGCUUCAAACACCACAUCAGGCGGGUUAUUUGGGUCUAAUAAUGUAUCUAGCACGGCAGCCACCACCACUUCCACCGGCUUAUUCGGCAAUAAAUCUGUGAGUGCCGGGGCUCCCACAACUGGCGGCGGUUUAUUUGGAAACAAUAACACUUCCUCUUUGAAUAACGGCAUUGUUUCAACGGGCUUAUUCAAUAAUAAUAAUAACUCACAACCAACUAAUGGAGGGGGUCUAUUUCAGAAUAACACGAAUACUAAUAUUUCAGGUGGGGGAUUGUUUCCUCAGUCUCAGUCAAUGGCACAAUCACAGAACGUACUUCAGCAGCAGCAGCAGCAGCAAAGAUUACAACUUCAGAAUAGUAAUCCAUAUGGUACCAAUGAACUGUUUUCCAAAGCAACUGUCGUCAACACAGCUUCUAUUCCAGUUCAACCAAGUGCUACAAAAAUCAAAGCUGAUGAGCGCAAAAAAGCUAGUUUGAGUAGCGCAUAUAAAAUGGUUCCUAAAACUUUAUUUACGACCAAGCUCAAAUCUAAAAGUACCGCCAUGGAUAAGGUACAGAUCAAGGCUGAUCCAAAUUUAUCUAUUUCAGUCGAUAGAAAGAAUAAUCAGAUUACAAUAUCUAGUCAACAGGAGGAAACUUUAGACGAAAGCAUCUUAAAAGCUUCCCAAUUGUUAUUCAAUCCUGACAAAAGAUCAUUCAAGAACCUAAUUAAUAAUAAGAAACUGUUGGCUGCGUCUAAGGAAAAAAAUAAUGGAUCGUUGAACAAUGAUAAUACUACUAGAAGUAAAAUUGAUGAAAAGGGAAAUACACCAGAAAACCUAAAGAUUGAUGAAAAAGAAACAGAAAAUGGGGGAAAAAUAAACACUUUACAUUCAAAAUCCAAUGAAGAGGAGGGCCUUAUCGAAGAUCAUUCCAUAAAAGUAAGCGAAGAAAACAAGGAAAAUAUCACUGAUUGGCAAAAGCAAGCCCAUUUAGAAAAUGAUAAGAAGACGAUUAGUGCUGAAAUUGCCGAACAAGAUGCUUCUUUCAUCAAUGAAAAUUAUUACAUUUCUCCCUCCAUGGAUGUUUUAUCCUCUUAUUCUUUAUUGCAACUACGCAAAGUCUCACAUUUAGUUGUGGGUCAUAAAAACUAUGGAAAAAUCGAAUUUUUAGAAUCUGUUGACCUUGCCGAAAUUCCUCUGACCUCAUUAGGAGGCAUUAUUAUUACUUUUGAACCAAAAACUUGUAUAAUAUAUGCGAACUCCCCGAACAAACCAAAGAGAGGUGAAGGAAUCAACGUCCGAGCUCGAAUUACGUGCUUUAACUGUUAUCCCGUAGACAAAUCUACCAGGAAACCUAUAAAGGACCCAAACCAUCAGUUGGUUAAGAGGCAUAUUGAACGUCUGAAGAAUAAUCCAAACUCCAAGUUUGAAAGCUAUGACGCCACCAGUGGUACGUAUGUGUUUAUUGUUAACCAUGCUGCAGAACAGACCUUUUGA